GUUCUUUGUUCUUUGUCCACAGCAUCUGCCUAGCAUACUACGUCUCGGUCGUCGCGAUACUUGCCGCACCACUUGCAACCACUUGCACUCCCGUCGCAAUGUCUGAAGCCUACGAACGUGAACGUCAAAAUAACUCGCGACUGGACGAACUCGCUGGAAAGGUGUCGGCAUUACGUGGCAUCACCAUAGACAUCUACGACAACGCCCGCGACCAGGGUGUCAUCGACUCUUCCACAAAUGCCUUUUCCUCCUUCUCGAACAGCUUGCAGGGCAGUGCUGGCAGACUUACGCGUAUGGCACAACAAGGAAACAAAGUCGCCAUCCUCAAGCUCGCUGCUAUCAUUAUCGCCGUAGUCCUCGUGCUCUACUGGAUAGGUGGUUGGGUGUUCAGAUCCAAAGCUGCUUGA